CAUAUCACUGCAAUAACCAAAAAAAAAAGAAGCUUUGUGUUUAGUUUUUUAUUAUCUCUACAUGUAUUGGGGAGCCAUGGCUGGUCAUAUGGGUUGGGGUAUAUUAGAAGAGGAGGGCUGGAGGAAAGGUCCUUGGACUGCUGAGGAAGAUAGAUUGCUUAUUGAGUAUGUGAGGCUCCAUGGUGAGGGAAGGUGGAACUCUGUGGCUAGGCUUGCAGGACUGAAAAGGAAUGGAAAGAGCUGUAGAUUGAGGUGGGUGAAUUAUUUGAGGCCAGACCUUAAGAGGGGUCAGAUAACUCCACAUGAAGAGAGCAUAAUUCUUGAGCUUCAUGCUCGAUGGGGAAACAGGUGGUCAACAAUAGCGAGAAGCUUGCCUGGAAGAACUGACAAUGAGAUCAAGAACUAUUGGAGAACCCAUUUCAAGAAAAAGCAAGCAAAAGUUACUUCUGAUGCCUCGGAAAAGGCGAAAGCUCGCCUCUUAAAGAGGCAGCAAUUUCAUCAACAACAGCUUCAUCAGCAGCAGCAACAGCAGCAGCAGCUGCAUCAUCAGCAACUCAAUCAAAUGGACUUGAAGAGAAUCAUGGCUUUACUCGAUGGUGAUAACGAGCACAACAAGUCUGCACAAGCUGUACCUCAACUCAGGCAAGAAAUCACCACUGCGGCAUUUCCUCAAACAGCUGAUGAGCAAAGCUUCCUUUACACCAUGCUGAACGAGAACAACAAUGUGUCAGCUGUCCCUGAGGCACCCAUUACUGAGGACAUUCUCUGGGAUGGGUUAUGGAACUUGGAUGACUUCCAUGGCAAUGGUGCUGUUAACUUCAAUGCAAACUGUUCUACUGCCAAAGCUAAUACUCUGCACAACUUGGUGGUACCCUUCUGUUGACUCAGCUCUUGAUUUAGUCAACGCUUAGCCUUGUAAGAUUAUUACUAUGAGAAAGGCUCCAAUUAGUGAGGAGCUUUCAACUAUUAUUUGCAAUAUUAAUUUUGGUGUGAAAACUUUUUGGGUUGUGAACUAUACAAUCCAGACAAAGCUGCCUUAUUAUGUCCAAUCUCAAUAAAAAAAAUUCCCAAUUUUGCAUGAAAAAAAAAUUAAUAAAUGUACUUAAUUAGGCUUUUAACAAAUGAUUAUUCUGUGUUUAGUGAUUAAUAGACUCGUUUCUUCUUCUUUUUUUUUUAUAUAAUAAUU